GUAUUCUGGUGGCACCGGAGCUGUGAGAGUUUGUGGUGGAGGUGAAGAGGAUUAGUGAUCGUCUGAUGUUUAUCAAGUUGGUUUUGGGUGGGUGUGCGAUCAAUGUCGUGAGUGCUUACGCCCCGCAUGUUGGCUUGGCGGACGAAGUAAAGAGGGAGUUUUGGGACGCCUUGGAUGGGGUGGUUGUUGGUUUUCCACUGACUGAGAAAGUCAUCAUUGGAGGCGACUUCAAUGGCCAUAUUGGAGAAUCGGCCGAGGGCUUCGAGGACGUGCACGGUGGUUUUGGCUUUGGCAGCAGGAACCCAGCUGGAGUUUCACUCUUGGAGUUUGCCAGAGCGAGUGAUAUGGUGGUUGCUAACUCUUGUUUCCCUAAACGAGACGAUCAUUUGGCUACAUUUGUUAGUGGAGUGGGGACGACACAGAUCGACUAUCUUCUCCUGCGCAGGGGUGAUCAGGUGCUCUGCAAGGAUGCUAAAGUAAUUCCGAGUGAAAACAUCACUACCCAACACAAGCUUCUGGUGAUGGAUGUCAUGAUCAGGAGAAAGGUGCGUGGGAAUCGACCGGAGAGGCUACUGAUAUGUGGGCGCGGACUCAUCAGGGAAAUAGCCAGGGAAGUGUUGGGUGUGAGCUCUGGCUCUGGGAGUAGGCGUCAGGGUGAUUGGUGGUGGAGCGAUUCAGUCCGAAGUAAGGUGGAAGCUAAGAAGGUGGCAUAUUUGAAAUACAUGGGUUGCAAUGUUGAGGAGGAAAGAGCGGCGUUACGAGUGGAGUACAAGAAGGCACGUAAAGAAGCUAAGUUAGAGGUUAUGAUGGCAAAGAAUGCCGCUUUUGAACGCCUCUACAAGGAUAUUGAGGAGAAAGGCAGUGUCAAUCCAUUGUUCCGGCUUGCUAAGGUGCGUGAGAGAAAGGCCCGAGAUCUGGAACACGUGAGAUGCGUGAAGGGCAGCGAUGGUAGAGUGUUAGUUGAGAGUGCCAUGGUGGCUAAGCGCUGGGGGGAGUACUUUAGUGAACUCUUAAAUGCGGGAGGAGACCAGAGGCUAGUUCUUGAUGAGUUGAGGCAGUACGGGGCGUCUCGUGUGUAUUGCCGGCGCAUUUGCCUGAAAGAGGUGGUUCGGGCUCUCUGCGGGAUGCGUAGUGGGAGAGCUUUGGGACCAGAUGAGAUUUCGGUGGAGUUUUGGAAGCAUGCGGGUCGUUGCAAAGGUGACAUUCCGAGCUGCGAGAAUUACAAAGGCAUCAAACUGAUUAGCCACACCAUGAAGGUUUGGGAGCGAGUCAUUGAGUAUAGGGUGCGGAAAGGGGUAUGCAUCUCUGAGAACCAGUUUGGUUUCAUGCCUGGCAGAUCGACUACAGAGGCCAUUCAUCUCGUGAGGAGGUUAAUGGAAGAGUAUAGGGCUAGGAAGAAGGACCUUCAUAUGGUGUUUAUUGACAUUGAGAAGGCGUACGAUAGGGUGCCAAGGGAGGUCUUAUGGAGGUGCCUUGAGACGAGAGGAGUUCCCAUCGUGUACACUCGCGCGAUCAAGGAUAUGUACGAUGGGGCUAUGACCAGGGCUGAUGGGGAGUUAGACGGGGAUGUUGGACAUCGUGUUGGAGUGGCUUGGGCCAAAUGGCGGUUAGCUUCAGGGGUGUUGUGUGAUCCGAAGAUUUCGCCCAAGAUGAAAUGUAAGUUCUACCGAUCCGUAGUCAGACCUGUUAUGUUAUAUGGGGCAGAGUGUUGGGCGGUUAAAAAGACUAAUGUGCGUCGUCUGCAUGCGGCGGAGAUGCGGAUGUUACGAUGGAUGUGUGGGAAGACAAGGUUGGAUAGGAUUUCGAACAAAGUUAUCCGACGUCAGGUAGGCAUGGCGCCGGUGGAAGAUAAGUUGCGGGAAGUGAGGUUGAGAUGGUUUGGUCAUGUGAGAUGGUGGGAUGCUGACGCCCCUGUUGAGCUGGGGGUCUCUUGGAAACAGCCUCCCUACUUCCGAGUAGGGGCAAGGUGCUACACCCUGAGUCUUAGUUGGUGGAAGCAUUGCUUGGGGAAGGCUGCAGAGAGGACAUCUUGUUUGAAUAUCCCAUUUGUGAGUCUGUGACCUUUAUAGAGUGUGUGUGUGUGUGUGUGUGUGUGUGUUUUCUGCUAUCCUUGAGUGCCGUAGAACCUUGGUAAUUAGACUUGUUCUUCGCAUAACCCAGAAUAGGGAGGAGACCUAAUAUAGAUGACAAAUAUGUGGAACGUAAUCCUGGUUAAUGCUCUUAAUAACAUCAGUUAAUGUGCUUUUAAUUUCACCUUUUCUCUGUACGUAGCGAUAGUACAGCUCCUCUCUUAAAAGGACAAAAUUUUGUGGUAUUGUUUCUCUUUCGAACAAUAUUUAGCUGCAUUCGUUUCGCUUUUAACGGGUAUAGAGAUAGACAUCAUAGGUAAAUAGGCGAAUGAAACUUGAUAUUCACUCUCCCGGCAGAUCUGCACCAUCUCUUUUGAAGUUUCUUGUUCCGAUUCUCCUCCUCCGUCUAGAUCUUGUUCAAAUUUACAUAUGAUCUUUUGCUAGAGGUGGUAGGCGGGUCAACUGUGUGGUCAUUGAACUUCACCUCCUUGCAGAUCUGCUUAAGUUCCUGCUAGUGCGGUCAGCGGGUGGAGAUGACGGUGGUGGUUUAGGUUGGGUCAAUGGUCUUGCUUAGAGGAUGUGAUGGUUGACUCUUAUAGGUCGGAGAUAGCAGCAGGGAAGGACUAGGGAAGGUCAGGAGUGUAUUGUGGACAUUUCCAUCACAAAGUCAACACUCAAUAAAAAUAAUGACCAAAAGUCCAAAUGGGUACUUCUUUUCCGGACGGAGGACGGAGGGAGUAAUAGAGAAACAAAAUGAGUUAGAACAGAUAAUACAUGGGAGUCCAAGAAGUCAGAAGAUAUUGAAGUUGAAUUUUUGGAGCUUAAAAGUUGGCCCAAUCCAAAUUUGGCCCAAAGCUAUUCCAUCUACCAAAUAAAUUAAGAGAGGAAGAAGAGCAAAUAAAAGAAGAAAAAAAAGAGAAAUCUUCCUAAUAAAAAACUAUUUUAGUAGAGUUGACAAAAAUAAACUUAUUUUCCUAAUGCUAUUUCUAGAGAACCUAUCUAUGUUUUUAGUGUUUGUUAUGCUUGUUUGGAAAACUAAUUUUUGAGUACACUAAAUCAAGUUGUUUUAAUGCUUUGACCUUGUGAUAAUUUAGUUUGAUGUACUUUUGAGGAAUCACAGGUUAUUAGAAGUAUAAUGAGGAUUCUCCAUGUUGUCCUGAGCAAUAAGGAGUCUAGCCAAAGACAUUAAAAGAGGCAGCUUUCUGGGAGGCAACCCAGAUAUUUAAACUUUUAUUUUUAUGCAUUUUAUUUACUUUUUCUUUUCUUUUAUUCUCUUCUUUACUUGCACUUUGUCUGUCUUGCAUGCUUAAUUGUCAUAUCUUCUGAUCCCUUGCCUCUCAUUUUGCAUCUGUUUUAUUGUUUUUCAUGUUUCAUGUUGUUAAUUGUCUCAUUAAAUAUGUGCAUUCGUUCAUCAUUUUUAUAUCUUUGACAUGCAUUGAGGACAGUGCAUGAUUUAAGUGUGGGGGGACGCUUCUGCAUUUAGUUAUGCAUAUUUUAGGAAAAAAAUUUUGUUUGCAUGUUUUCAUACACAUACUAGGAGCAUGAAUUGGGUAGAAAAAGAGGUAUUUCAUGUCAAUUUUUUAUUUUAGAUGCAAUUUGGUUAAAAUUUAAAACUUUUAAAGUUUUUUAAGAAAACAAUUAUCUUUCACAUAAAAAUCUAUAUAAGAAAAGGAGAGUUUCGAG